AAGGUUACCCCUGCUGCUCAGUCAAGCCCUACCCAUUCAUCUGAAAGUGAUGCUAAGACUUCUGUUAACAAAACUGAUUUGGCAAAGGAACUAACAAAACUGCGAGCUAUGGCUGGUAUAAGGCCUACUACAUCCCCUGCAGUCCAAGCUCAUGUAACCAGACCUUGUGGACUGUACGAUCAUUCACGUCCAGGACCAGCAACACCACCACAACCACCACGACCAACUACCGGUAGAUCCUCACUUGGAGCUCAGCCCACGAAUAGAAACUGCUUAGCUGCUUCUAAAAGUGGUGCAAGUGGGGCUGCCGGUUCAACCUCCUCUGGACAGUUCAGGAAGUGGCGGUGCCAAAGCGAAACAAGAGGUGAUGGAGGCCGCUAUUCGAUGAGAGGUGCAAACGCGCAAGGAGUCGCACCAUCUAGCCCUCAGCAGUGCUCGAAGAGACCACCAUUUAGGGCUGGGGUGGCACCACUGCGGCCUGGGUUUGGUAACCCUGAUAAGCAAAAGGAGCAGGAAAUGAACGCAUGGUUACGAAGGAAGGACUAUAAUCCCAUGAAGGCAGCUGCUGAAGCGAGAAAAGCAAGAGAAUUGAAAGCCAGAGGAGAACAAUUCAUGUCAAAUCGAUCUAUAUCCUUCCAUGUAGGGCCAGUGAUGCCGAAACCAAUAAGGAGAGAUGGUUUUGGUGAUAUGGUACGAAAUCGAUCCCAAGAAUCACUAGCCGUUGAAGAAGCCGAACAUGCCAGUCAACGAGUACUGGCUGAAUACUCGCGUGGAGUUGUGCAAGAUAUCUCACGCUUGUCUCAACAAAGCAGUCGUGCCAGUGGAAAGCAAAUCAGUGGCCUGGCUCGUGCCGUGGAUAUGCUAUCACAAAAAUGCAAGAAGAGCAUUGAGUUGAUUCGAUCUCAAAACAAAGGAUGCCUGUCCGUUUCCGUGGAAGAUCUUCUAGCUGCUGCAGCAGAGCCUCCACGAAAGGGAGAGACCUUGAAUGAGCAACUGGACAGGCUUUCAGAUGCAUUUGAUGCUGUGCAAAGAUACCUGGAGCAGUACUCACUAGAAGACGGGCACCAUUCACCAGUUCCUGACUUCCAAGAUGAUGCAUCUGACAUCCACUCAACGGUAACGAGCUCGUCAUUUUCCACUCACAGCAUUCGUAGUCAUCAACGCACAUCCAGAAGCCCGCUUUCUACGAGUUCGCGAAAAACUGCCACCGCACGACCUAAUAACAGCAAAUGAUACGCAAUUAGACGUCAAUCUCUGCUCUGACAUACAUCCUAUUGCUUCUUCGUUUUGCAACUCAGCUCGUGUACUUUUGGUGUUAAGAUCAUUACGGAUCUGUUUUAGGUAAUAUUUGCCUUUUCUUUUCUUGCACUUCAUUGUUAGUUAAAUGGUAUUCAAAGCGUUUUUGGCUUUACUCCCUUUUUAUUAAGCUGUUAAGUACGCAUCUAAUCUUUUUUGUUGAGAGGCUAAACACAUUCUCAAUCUCUCAGCUCAAUAGUUGCCUUGAACACUGAUGCUUCAUAAUCUAUACUUACUGAAGUUUACAAAAGGCGGGUAAAUUCGCCUAAUUUUUUACAUGUCUGUUGUUUAUUGUUGAAACAUUUGAUCAAAAUGCGUGUGUGCUAGUCAAAUCCUAACCGAUGAACGGGCGAUGUAUGGUCCUGUUCCAAAGCGCUUACGCUUUGAACCAAACUGUAAAUAUUAGCAAUAAACCUUUUUUUUUCAAAUUU